AUGGCGUCGACGUCUUCGUUGGGCGCUUCGGGAUCCACAAAUGCAGCGCAAGCCCAACAGUUCUACUCUCAAUUCAACGAGCAGCUCCAAGAUCUCAGGAGGCGAAUCGAGGAAUCGACAAGCCCAGAUGAGCUCCAGCAUAUCGGAUCAGACCUGGCACAGGCUCGGGCCUCAUUGACGGAGAGCACCUCCAUCUUGCCGAGCUACGAUCGGCAACUGCACGAGACGAACCUCAAACACAUCAACGAUAGGCUCGACGCCAAACGGGGGACCCUGCUUCCGAAAAAGGGAUUCGCUUUUCAGCGUAAGGCGAAACCGGCGGCCUCAAAAGCCGCGCUGGCCACGCCCUCACCGGCAGCACCGCCUGUCAACACGAACAACAGUGCUUCUUCAGCUAUCACACCGUUUCUCUCGCUCACUGAUCGAUCGAAAGAGCUCCUUACGAUUGCAUCGCUCGAGACGCACCACACCCGAAGCGAUCUGCACCUUCUAAACCUCUCAUACUGCACCGUUGACCUUCGGAGUCCAUCCUCGCUCGUCCUGCAGGCCGUUCAGGUGAGGAAUCUCGAUCACUGCAUAGUGCAAUUGGGCAAUGUCGAUGGCAGCGUCAUGGUCCACGACUGCACUUCAUGCCUCUUCGUCUUAGGUUGUCGGCAGUUCCGCAUCCACACGUCUACGAAAGUGUCCGUCGCCAUUCAUACAUCGUCCAUUGCGACAAUGGAGCAUUGCAGUUCGCUCACAUUCACCGUCAUCACGGCCUCUUCUCUCGAGUCGGCGUCAACGACGCUCGAAGAAGAAGCGUCGAGCAAGCUGCGUGUCCAAGACUUCGAUCACAUCAAUGAAUCGGAGCCUUCGCAGAACUGGACCUCUACGGACAGGGUGCAAAGUCCCAAUCUGUUUGCAGCUCCAACCUUGCCUCACCCAGCAGGUCUCGAACUUCUCUUUAAUGCUCAGCAGCAGCAAAUGUAG